CAUAUAUGUCUGCACAUGUUUAUAUUUUUGUAAUCAAAACAUUUGUCGAUUUGUCAAAAAGAAUUUCACAAAAAAAUAUCAAUUGUUACAAAAAUGCCACAAGAUUUUCAAUUACUGCCGAAGAUUAUCAAUGGUGCCGUUGGCUCUAUGACCGGUGUUGCCUGUGUCUAUCCGCUGGACUUCGUGAAGACACGGCUGCAGAAUCAGCAAAUCGGACCAAAUGGUGAAAAGCAGUAUGCCAGCAUAGCAGAUUGCUUUCGCAAAUCCAUACGCAACGAGGGCAUACUGGGGAUGUAUCGCGGCAUAAGCGUAAUUUUCCUGCUUGUCACGCCGGAGAAGGCCGUCAAACUGGCAGCCAAUGACUAUUUUCGCUUUCAUCUUACUCAACCCGAUGGUUCACUGCCAAUACCACACCAGAUGUUAGCCGGCGCCGCAGCUGGUUGCUUUCAAGUGCUCGUCGCCACACCAAUGGAGUUUAUCAAAAUCCAGCUGCAAGAUGCGGGACGUGUGGCCAAAGAGGGUCGUGUAACGGAACCCAUUACAGCCAGAAGUAUAUUUUUGAAAAUGUAUCGUGAGCGCGGUAUCUUCGGUUUGUAUCGUGGCAUUGCGCCGACUGCCUUUCGCGAUAUAAUAUUUUCACUCAUCUACUUUCCGCUAUUCGCUGGCUUGAAUGCUAUGGGACCGCGUAAAGCCAACUCUGAGGAUGCUGUGCCGUGGGUCUCAUUUUUGGGUGGUUUGAUUUCAGGUUGUACUUCUGCGUUCGCAGUAACACCGUUCGAUGUGGUGAAAACACGUUUGCAAGCACUCAAGAAGCGCGCCGGGGAACAAGAAUUUCAUGGCAUUAUGGAUUGUUUUGUGAAAACGUUUCGAAACGAAGGUAUUACUGCUCUAUUCAAGGGAGGACUGUGUCGUAUUAUGGUCAUAUCGCCAAUGUAUGGUAUUGUGCAGGUCAUUUACUUCUUGGGUGUGGGAGAGGCGAUAUGCGAUAAAUUAUUUAAUUGAUCUGUGCUAUGAUAGCGAUGUUCGCAAAUGUCUGAAUCAAAGUUUUUGUGUUUGUUCGUGAAUAAAG